CGGCCCGUCCCAGACAGCACAGCUAGGAGACUGCGGCUGGUCCGGGACCCAUCCGGAGGCGCGCAGCGCGAGCCAGUAGCAGAGCCAUGGCGGGCGGGGAAGACCGCGGGGACGGGGAGCCGGUAUCAGUGGUGACCGUUCGGGUGCAGUACCUAGAGGACAGCGACCCUUUCGCAUGUGCCAACUUCCCGGAGCCUCGCCGGGCCCCCACCUGCAGCCUGGACGGGGCGCUGCCCCUGGGCGCACAGAUACCCGCGCUGCACCGCCUGCUGGGAGCGCCGCUCAAGCUAGAGGACUGUGCCCUGCAAGUGUCUCCCUCUGGGUACUACCUGGACCCUGACCUGUCCCUGGAAGAGCAGCGGGAGAUGCUGGAAGGCUUCUACGAAGAGAUCAGCAAAGGGCGGAAGCCGACGUUAAUCCUGCGGACCCAGCUCUCUGUGAGAGUCAAUGCCAUCUUAGAAAAGCUGUAUGGCUCCAGUGGCCCUGAGCUCCGCCGCUCCCUCUUUUCACUAAAGCAGAUCUUCCAGGAGGACAAGGACCUGGUGCCUGAAUUCGUGCACUCAGAGGGUCUGAGCUGCCUGAUCCGCGUGGGAGCGGCUGCUGACCACAACUACCAGAGCUACAUCCUCAGAGCACUAGGCCAGCUGAUGCUUUUUGUGGACGGGAUGCUGGGGGUGGUGGCCCACAGUGAGACUGUGCAGUGGCUGUACACGCUGUGUGCCAGUCUGUCCCGCUUGGUGGUGAAGACAGCCCUGAAGCUGCUGCUGGUGUUUGUGGAAUACUCGGAGAGCAACGCACCGCUGUUCAUCUACGCAGUCAACUCUGUGGCCAGUAACACCGGGGCUCUUCCAUGGGCCAAUCUGGUGUCCAUCCUGGAGGAGAAGAACGGCGCAGACCCUGAGUUGCUGGUGUUCACAGUCACGCUCAUCAACAAGACGCUGGCAGCACUCCCAGACCAGGACUCUUUCUAUGACGUGACUGACGCACUGGAGCAGCAGGGCAUGGAGGCACUGGUCCAGCGCCACUUGGGCACUGCGGGCACUGACGUUGACCUGCGAACGCAGCUUGUGCUCUACGAGAGUGCCCUACGGUUGGAGGAUGGGGACGUGGAGGAAGCCGCCACAGGUGGUCGGAGGGAGCGCAGAAAGCCCUCUUCAGAGGAGGGAAAGAGGAGCCGCCGAUCUCUAGAAAGCGGGGGCUGCCCAGUACGCACCACGGAGCCUGGCCCUACAGGCUCCGCCUCACCAACAGGCCCUGCCUGCAGCCCUGUGGGCCAGGCCCCUGGCUUCCAUACCUCUGUCAACCUCUUUCCUACCAUCUCCAUGGCGCCAUCAGUCGACAGCUCCUGUGAGAGGAGCAUCUACAAACUUCACCAAACUGCUCCUGUUUGGGCCCCUGAAAGCCCACCUGUCCCCCAGUCCCCUACUGGGCAGGCCAGGCUGGAAGCCCGGUUUCUGGAGAACGUGGCAGCAGAAGAAACAGAGAAGCAGGCUGUGCUGGCCCAAGGCCGGGCAGAGACAUUGGCUGAGGCCAUGCCCGAUGAGGCUGACGGGCACCCAGACACCCGGGAACUAUGGGACUCUCCUGAACCAGUCCCUGUACCCAGAACACCCCAGAGUCCUACACCCCGAGUCCUGCUCCGGGCCCAGCGGAGCCUUGAGCCAAAGCCCAAGGAGCCACUGGCCUCACCGAGCCCCAAGGCUCAGCCCACCCAGGAACUCCCUACCCGUGUCCCCAAGCUCUGCAUUGGGGACCUGGACUUCUCAGAUCUGGGGGAGGAUGAAGACCAGGACAUGCUGAACACGGAGUCUGUGGAGGCCACGAAAGGGGUCCCACCCCCACCACCCCUACUGCCCCCGCUCUCUGGAGGUCCCCCACCCCCUCCUCCCCCACCUCCCCCACCCGUCAAAGGCCCCUUCGCACCUCCUCCACCCCCAGCUGCCCCUCUUCCCACCUCAGCGCCUGAUGGCCAAGCCCUCCCCACAAAGAGGAAGACAGUAAAACUCUUCUGGCGGGAGCUAAAGCUAGCUGGGGGCCAGGGAGGCUCUGGGAGCCGUUUUGGGCCCCGCUCCACCCUGUGGGCCUCACUGGAGCCUGUCUCGGUGGACACAGCCCGGCUGGAACACCUGUUCGAGUCCCGUGCCAAGGAUGUGCUGCCUUCCAAGAAAGCCAGUGAGGGCCGCCGGACGAUGACCACAGUGCUGGACCCCAAGCGCAGCAAUGCCAUCAACAUUGGCCUAACCACACUGCCGCCUGUGCACGUCAUUAAGGCUGCCCUGCUCAACUUUGAUGAGUUUGCUGUCAGCAAGGAUGGCAUUGAGAAGCUACUGACCAUGACGCCCACGGAGGAGGAGCGGCAGAAGAUUGAGGAGGCCCAGCUGGCCAAUCCUGACAUACCUCUGGGCCCAGCUGAGAAUUUCCUGAUGACUCUCGCCUCCAUCGGGGGCCUGGCUGCCCGCCUACAACUCUGGGCCUUCAAGCUGGACUAUGACAGCAUGGAGCGGGAAAUCGCAGAGCCACUGUUUGACCUGAAAGUGGGCAUGGAACAGCUGGUACAAAAUGCCACCUUCCACUGCAUCUUGGCUACCCUGCUGGCUGUGGGCAACUUCCUCAAUGGUUCCCAGAGCAGUGGCUUUGAGCUAAGCUACCUGGAGAAGGUGUCAGAGGUGAAGGACACAGUACGCCGGCAGUCACUGCUGCACCAUCUCUGCUCCUUGGUGCUCCAGACCCGGCCUGAUUCCUCCGACCUCUACUCAGAAAUCCCUGCUCUGACCCGCUGUGCCAAGGUGGACUUUGAGCAGCUGACUGAGAACCUGGGGCAGCUGGAGCGCCGGAAUGGGGCAGCUGAGGAGAGUCUGCGGAGCUUGGCCAAGCAUGAGCUGGCCCCAGCCCUGCGUGCACGCCUCACUCACUUCCUGGCCCAGUGUGCCCGCCGCGUUGCCAUGCUGCGGGUGGUGCACCGCCGUGUCUGCAACAGGUUCCAUGCCUUCCUGCUGUACCUGGGGUACACAGCACAGACAGCCCGUGAAGUACGCAUCAUGCAGUUCUGCCACACCCUGCGGGAGUUUGCACUUGAGUACCGGACUUGCCGGGAACGGGUGCUGCAGCAGCAGCAGAAGCGGGCCACAUAUCGUGAGCGCAACAAGACUCGGGGACGCAUGAUCACUGAGACAGAGAAGUUCUCAGGUGUGGCUGGAGAGGCCCCCAGCAACCCGUGUGUUCCAGUGGCUGUGGGUAGUGGGCCAGGCCAGGGCGAUGCGGAUAAUCAUGCCAGCAUGAAGAGUCUGCUGACCAGCAAGCCUGAGGACGGCACACAUGGCCGCCGCAGCAGAGGCCUGGCCCAGAGCAGCUUCCCAGUCAUACCCACAGCAAUGGGGCCCUCCACGUCACCCCCAGAAGAAGCCCCAGGCUCCAGUUUACCCAGUGACACUUCAGAUGAGAUCAUGGACCUGCUGGUGCAGUCAGUGACCAAGAGCAGUCCUCGUGCCUUAGCUGCUCGGGAACGCAAGCGUUCCCGUGGUAACCGCAAAUCUUUGAGACGGACCUUGAAGAGCGGGCUCGGAGAGGACCUGGUGCAGGCCCUGGGUCUGAGCAAGGGUCCUGGCCUGGAGGUGUGAAGCUGCUGUCUCCAGGAUACCUCUCUGGACCCCAGCCUGCAUGCAAGAGACUAUAGAGUGAGGAGGGACCAGAGCAGAAUUCUGGGCAUUGUCUCUACCCUGGGGCCACUCUCUGCCCAAUGGCCAGUGCCUUGAACAGUAUUAGCUGUGUGUACCUGUGUGUGUGUGUGUGUGUGUGUGUGUGUGUGUGCAUGCACGUGUGUGUAUGAGCUCCCUGAACACAUGGAGCAUAAUAAAGUUUUCUUAGC